AUGUCUAGUGAAGAAGGGUUUGAUGAAGAGUUAAGCACUGCUUUAACAGUCACUCCACUUGUACAUUUGGCGCCCAAACAGAAUCUAUCGUCUUUAAUCAAUCCACUGUUAUUUCCAGAACCUGCUUCGCUGGCGUUGGCUAUAAAGCAUCUAGAUGUUCAUGAUAAUAAUAUACUAGAAUUAUUGGGACAAGAUUUGUUGGAUUUUCAAGAUGAUACAGAAACAAUUCAUUUCAAGCAAUUCCCAUGUUCAACAAAGACCACUAGUGAAAUUACAACCAGUUCAGUUGAGAAUCGUCUUCUAGAUCUUCAGUCAGGAAAUCAGUACUUAACUCCAAUGCAUAACAAUGUUCAAAGUGCAAGGCUAUCAAUAAGAAAAAAGUACGAUUUGAGUGAUAUGACUCUGCAUAAUCAAACAUAU